GAAAGCAUAGAUUUGAACGAGAGAGACGUUUCCCCUCUACGCAUAAACUCAUUACUUUUUACUGUUGGUGGAACGACUGUCCACAAAUUAUUUAAAACAAAUGGGGGCAUUUUGGUUCGUGGAGCUGGGCGUAUUAAUAUUAUUUCUCCAGGCUUUCAAACCAGGGUUGUCGGAGGAGUCAAAAUGUCUUCCAGGUUUCAAUUCAGAAAUGUACAUUUUCAAAGUGGAAAGAAAUCACUUACAAAGUGGCCGGAGUCUUGGGAAAGUGGUUUUUGAUGACUGCACCAGCCGUACCAGCUUUCUCUUUCACUCCGAGGAUUCACGCUUCAAAGUAGAUGGCGACGGGACGCUGAAACUGAAGAGGGGGCUGACUCUGCAUAAUGGACAUAAGGAGUUCUAUGUCUCUACCCAGUCCAAGGGCAAGAAGAUCAUGGUUCCAGUCAGAGUGCUGCAUGAGGCCAGACAUGGCCACAACCACAAUCACCAUGAGAUGACCACCCAGCCCAAGCCAGGAGAAAGUCUGUCUCUACCUGUUCUGAACUUCCCCAAGUCUUCAGGAGGUCUGAAAAGAAGGAAGAGGGACUGGAUCAUUCCUCCCAUCAACUUCCCAGAGAAUGACCGAGGCCCGUUCCCCAAGAAUAUGGUGCAGAUCAGGUCCAACAAUGAUAAAGAGGUGAAGAUCCAGUACAGCAUCACUGGCGCUGGGGCAGACCUACCUCCUGUGGGACUCUUCACUGUGGACAAAAACUCUGGAACUCUCUAUGUGACCCAGCCUUUGGACAGGGAGAAAAAAGACAAAUACAUUCUCCUAGUCCAUGCUGUUGCAGUGGGUGCAGGUACAGCUGAGGAUCCCAUGGAGAUCAUUGUGAAAGUCAUUGAUAUGAAUGACAACAAACCUGAAUUUACCCAAGAUCCAUUUACGGGAACAGUCCCUGGGGCAUCAAAACCAGGUGACGAGGUCAUGCAGAUAACGGCCACUGAUGCUGAUGAGGAGGGCUCUGACAAUUCUGAUGUCAGAUACACCAUUAUCAGUCAGGAGCCUCCACUACCAAGCCCCAACAUGUUUGUCAUCAACCCUGUGACUGGAGGGAUUCGGGUUAACGCACCUGGGUUGAACAGAGAGAAAUUUACCAAAUAUACUUUGGAAAUCCAAGCUGCCGAUAUGGAGGGAAAUGGCCUUACCAGCGUUGGCAAAGCCAUCAUUACAGUAACGGACAGCAAUGACAACGCGCCACAGUUUGUGACGCCUUCGUACACCGUGUCAAUCCCAGAGAAUAAAGUGGAUGCCUUGGUGGUGAAAAUGCCCGUGACUGAUGGAGAUGAGCCUCACUCCUCUGCCUGGGCCACCACCUACAAGAUAGUUGACGGGGACCCUCAAGGCCUUUUCCAUGUGUGCACAGGCCCCAGCAAGCUGGAGGGCAUCAUUAUGACAGUAAAACCAGGAGAAAGUCUGUCUCUACCUGUUCUGAACUUCCCCAAGUCUUCAGGAGGUCUGAAAAGAAGGAAGAGGGACUGGGUCAUUCCUCCCAUCAACUUCCCAGAGAAUGACCGAGGCCCGUUCCCCAAGAAUAUGGUGCAGAUCAGGUCCAACAAUGAUAAAGAGGUGAAGAUCCAGUACAGCAUCACUGGCGCUGGGGCAGACCUACCUCCUGUGGGACUCUUCACUGUGGACAAAAACUCUGGAACUCUCUAUGUGACCCAGCCUUUGGACAGGGAGAAAAAAGACAAAUACAUUCUCCUAGUCCAUGCUGUUGCAGUGGGUGCAGGUACAGCUGAGGAUCCCAUGGAGAUCAUUGUGAAAGUCAUUGAUAUGAAUGACAACAAACCUGAAUUUACCCAAGAUCCAUUUACGGGAACAGUCCCUGGGGCAUCAAAACCAGGUGACGAGGUCAUGCGGGUAACGGCCCCUGAUGCUGAUGAGGAGGGCUCUGCCAAUUCUGAUGUCAGAUACACCAUUAUCAGUCAGGAGCCUCCACUACCAAGCACCAACAUGUUUGUCAUCAACCCUGUGACCGGAGGGAUUCGGGUUAACGCAGCUGGGUUGGACAGAGAGAAAAUUCCCAAAUAUACUUUGGCAAUCCAAGCUGCCGAUAUGGAGGGAAAUGGCCUUACCAGCGUUGGCAAAGCCAUCAUUACAGUAACGGACAGCAAUGACAACGCGCCUUCGAUAGUUGACGGGGACCCUCAAGGCCUUUUCAGUGUGAGCACAGGCCCUAGCAACCUGGAGGGCAUCAUUACAACAGCCAAGCCACUUGACUUUGAGAAGAACAACAAGUACACUCUGCUGGUCAUUGUGCAGAAUGAAGUCCCAUUUGCAAUCAGCCUGCCCACCUCCACUGCUACUGUUGUAGUGAAUGUGGAGGAUGUGAAUGAAGCUCCAGUCUUCACCCCAGUGGAGAAGAUUAUCAGGAAACCUGAGGACCUCCCUGUUGACAGUGACCUGGUUCUGUACCCAGCCACAGACCCAGACACUGCAAGGAGUCAGAAAGUCUCAUACAAGAUACGCAAUGAUCCUGCUGGAUGGCUAAGUAUUAACAAAGACACUGGGCUGAUCAAAGUCAAGAGCCUAAUGGACAGAGAAUCCACUUUUGUCCAAAACAACAAAUACUCUGUUAUUGUUCUGGGCAUCGACAACGAUGAAAUCCCGGCAACUGGCACUGGCACCCUUAUCAUAGAGCUGGAGGAUGUGAAUGAUAAUGCUCCAACUAUCGACGAGAGUGUGAUCAAGGUCUGCAACAAGGAGUCCUCCCCACAGCUGCUGUCAGUCACUGAUAAAGACGGCGCGGGCUUUGCUGCUCCAUACACCGUACAGCUUCAGGGGUUGUCCCAAUCUAACUGGACUGCCAGAAUGAACGACACAAAGACUGGCAUUAUCCUGACUCUGAAGACUAUGUUGGACAGUGGAGAUUACACGGUUGUCCUGAGAGUGUCUGACAACCAGGGCCUAUACCAUGACAGCACCGUCCAGGUCUCCGUGUGUGACUGCAAAGGAGCAGAUGUCCAGUGCACCGAUAAAGCUGUAGCAGGCUUCGGCCUCAGCAUUCUGGGAAUUCUAGGAGCAGUAUUACUACUCCUAUUGUUGUCUCUUCUGCUGCUCAUGUUCCUGAGGAAGAGAGGUGGUGAGAAGGAGCCUCAGGAGGACGAUGUCAUCUACUACUAUGACGAGGAGGGAGGUGGGGAGGAUGACCAGUUGAAAGGGAGAACUCACCAGACUAGCUCAGAACAAGCCCAUUAGGUUCUCCCUAUAAAGACUAUCCUUAAGCAUGACAUUUAUUUUACUGAAAGCCAAAUCAGCUUUAGGAUUUAUUUGUUAACUGAGAUUAAUUAACAAGCUCAAUAAUUGCUUUUAAAAAUGUUUGAUGAACAUCUAAGUUUGGGUCUUUUUUAUCAUUGUUUUUUCUUUCUUGCUUCUGAAGAGUGAAUUAUGUAUAUUUUUUAAUAAAGGAUAUCCCUUUAGUACAAUGA